AUGGCUAAUAUGAUGCCACUGUUGUUAUCAAUGUCGCUUAUGGGAGGCCCGCAAUUCGCAGCUUACACAGGCCCCGGUAUCUUAUCUAGAGAGCUUCAGGCGCCCGCGCUGCCGUUAACUCCGUCAGUUUCCACUCCGCACUUUUCUUCGACUCGCGCAAUCAAUUACAAAGGCUCUAAAUCGGCUUACGAUGAGCACAAUGGCUGGUCAAAAUUGCCGGUACAUACGAACACAGGCAAUCCUUACGGAUCGACACCACAAUUGCGGCACCAUGUUGUUACAUCUAAUCUGGGAAGAAGUGAUUUAUCAAGACCCACUGGCAGAGUCAUUGAUACAUUUCACACGGAUCCUCAUUUAGUAAAUCAAUUAGAUUUCCAUGAUUUUGGCGACAGUUUCGAGCCGGGACAUAUUACAGACGACUACGUUGGACCAGCUAUGGAACUAGUAUACGCAUGGUCUACGAUCGACUUUGAGUUUAACAAUAUCGAAGAGCGAGACAAUGCUAUAUUUAAGGGCGAUUACAUAGCUGAAAAUAAUUUGCCUCUGGGCUUAGAUGUUUGGCGGGACAAAGUUUUUAUUACUCUACCAAAAUGGAGGGCUGGUAUACCGGCGACUUUAGCCACCGUGCCGAGAUAUUCGAAGACAAAAAGCCCUAAGUUGAAACCAUAUCCCAACUGGCACUGGCAUCAAUCAGAAAGCUGCGACGGUCUGACUUCCGUCUUUCGAAUCCAAGUAGACGAGUGCGAUCGUCUAUGGGUUCUCGAUUCUGGCAAAACGGAGCUCGCUAAAAAAUCUAAGCAGAUCUGUCCUCCCGCCAUAUAUAUCUUCGACCUUCGUACCGACACCCUCAUUAGGAAGUUUACUUUACCGGAUGAAUACAUCAAGCAGGAUUCUUUGUACAUCAACAUCGCAGUGGAUAUCAGAGACAACGACUGCGGCUCAGCGACAGCAUACUCGGUUGACGUUUGGCGAUACGGUCUCGUCGUAUACGAUUUCUUUAAGAACUCCGCUUACAGGGUCGAGCAUCACUUCUUCUAUCCUGAUCCUCUGGCUUCCAGAUACGAGCUGCAUGGCAUAAGGUUCCAAUGGACUGACGGGUUAUUCGGGAUAGCUCUCAGUCCUCUGGAUAUUCAUGACGACAGAACGUUAUUCUUCCAUCCGAUGUCAAGCUUUCGGCAGUUCGCUGUGUCCACGUCGAUUUUCCGGGAUAGAAAAGUUGCGGAUCGAAGUACGGAAAAAUUUAUGCCCGUUGGGCGACCCAGAGCGAAAGACUACGGUCAUGCUUCGGGGUCUGCCAUCGAUAAGAACGGCGUCAUGUUCUUCAACAUGGUCACCAGAGACUCCGUGUGGUGCUGGGACACUAGGAAAGAGUACAUACCGCAAAAUCUCGGGGUGAUCGGCACCAGCAACGUAUCUUUAGUGUUCCCGAAUGACAUCAGAGUGGAUCACGAGCACGAUCAAAGUGUCUGGCUGAUUUCGAAUCGCUUGCCGAUAUAUUUGUACGGGACUUUGAACAAUGGUAAUAUCAAUUACAGGGUAUUCAAGGCGAACGUCAAGGAGGCUAUCAGAGAUAGCGUCUGUGAUCCUAAUUAUGUAGUUCCUGAAUCGGAUCCGGGACUUGAUGAUGUAUGCUAA